CACAAAAAGUCUGGGCUGGGUCUGCUUGCUGCUUACAGGGAACGGAUAACCUAUCGACUUCAUGGUGCACUGAAAAACUUCUCAUUCUUUUUAACCCCCUAUUCUGCACAAAAGGACAAUUCAUGUCUUACAGACAUGAAGACCUCUGUGCAUUACAGGAGUUUUCUAUUUUUUCUUGUUUCUGUGGCUCAGGUUUCAUUCAUAAGAUGCCAGGGUCAAAUCAUAGGAGAUGACCUGAGCUGUUCCGAGGAUGGACUAACCUACAGUAAUAGAGACAUAUGGAAGCCGGAGCCGUGUCGAAUCUGUGUGUGUGACAGUGGUGCUAUCCUCUGUGAUGAAAUCAUGUGUGAUGAGGUGACAUACUGCGAGAAGAUGACUAUCCCUGAGGGGGAAUGCUGCCCCAUCUGUCAAGAUGACCAGGUGCCAGCCCUAGUGAGCAAGGGCCAGAAAGGGGAACCUGGGGAUGUUCCAUUUGUUACGGGUAUUACAGGGCGGCCAGGGCCAAUGGGGCCUCCGGGUGCACCAGGUGGUAGAGGAGAACGUGGAAACCAAGGAAAACCAGGUCCAAGAGGCCCUCCUGGGUACGAUGGAGAGCCAGGUGUCCCAGGACAACCAGGGGAACCAGGCCCGCCUGGACACCCUACGCACCCUGAAGGGCAACUAGCUUCACACAUGGAGGUCGGAUUUGAUGAGAAAUCAAGAGCCUUGGGCAACAUUGGAAUGGUGCCAGGAGCACGGGGAGAAGCAGGAGCAAGAGGCCCUCCAGGGCCAACUGGUCAACCAGGACCAUCGGGAAUGCAAGGGCCCCCUGGUGAGGCUGGUGAUCCAGGACAAAUGGGGUCUGCUGGUCCAAGAGGGCCUGAGGGUCCUCAAGGCAAACCAGGGGAAGAUGGAGAAUCUGGAAAGGCAGGAAAUGCAGGAGAACUGGGAUUCCCCGGAUCGCCGGGAGCAAGAGGAUUUCCAGGUAUGCCAGGUCCACCAGGUUUAAAAGGCCAUAAGGGUCACCAAGGACCAAUUGGCCUAAAAGGUGAACAUGGAGGUGUUGGAUCAAAGGGUGCACCAGGCCCUACUGGACCCCUGGGUGCACCUGGUGGUCAGGGACCAAGAGGAAUGCCAGGGGAGAGAGGCAGAAUAGGCCCAGGUGGAACACCGGGAAGGCAUGGUCCACCUGGAAACAUCGGGAAGCCGGGUCCACUGGGCCCUUUGGGUUUAAGUGGUCCCCCAGGAUUUCCAGGAGCCCCAGGCAGCAAGGGUGAGCCUGGACCCACAGGAGUCCGGGGACCUGAGGGCCCUCAAGGCCAAAGGGGAGAGACAGGACAUCAAGGCAGACCCGGUCCAACUGGCGUUCGAGGUCCAGUUGGGACAGAUGCAGGCCCUGGAACCAAGGGUCCUGUUGGUACAGUGGGUCCUCAGGGUCCUGCUGGCCUACUUGGUCCACCUGGCCCACCGGGACCUCAGGGAAGCACUGGGCAGCCUGGGAUCAAAGGUCAACUGGGUGAUGUCGGAUCCCCUGGUUUCAAAGGAGAAGCUGGUCCUAAAGGUGAACCAGGUCCACCUGGGGCUCAAGGGCCAAUCGGACCCCAAGGAGAAGAAGGGAAGAGGGGGGCACGUGGAGAUACUGGUUCUCUGGGCCCUCUGGGUUCUGUUGGUGAAAGAGGUGCUCCCGGGAACAGAGGAUUCCCUGGUGCAGAUGGAUUACCAGGUUCUAAGGGUGCGCAAGGUGAUCGUGGAAUUCCCGGAACAUCUGGACCUAAAGGUGCCACAGGUGACCCUGGACGCACUGGCGAACCAGGUCUCCCUGGUGCAAGGGGUCUGACCGGCAAUCCAGGCAUCCAGGGUGCAGAGGGAAAGCCAGGACCACUGGGAGAACCAGGGGAGGAUGGACGACCAGGACCUGGAGGAUCACUUGGGACCAGAGGCCCACCUGGACCAAUGGGUUUACCUGGACCAAAGGGUUUUAAUGGAGAUGCAGGCAAGGCAGGAGAGCAAGGAUCUCCAGGACCUCAAGGGCAAAGAGGUGCUCCUGGGAAAGAUGGAGAAGAAGGCCCCGCAGGGUCAGCUGGGCCACCAGGCCCUGCUGGUGAAAGAGGAGAACAAGGACCACCUGGUGUUAAUGGUUUCCAGGGUUUGCCAGGGCCUCCUGGCCCACCUGGAGAGCCAGGAAAACCAGGAGAUCAGGGUAUUCCUGGAGAAGGCGGAGCUGUUGGUCAGAUAGGUCCCAGGGGAGAGCGAGGUACCCCAGGUGAGAGGGGAGAACUUGGCUCUCUUGGUCUGCCAGGGGCCAAGGGUAUUCCAGGAGCACCUGGACCAGAUGGGCCAAAGGGUAGCCCUGGGCCAACUGGUAUUCUUGGUGACCCUGGACCCCCAGGUCUCCAAGGCAUGCCAGGUGAGAGGGGUAUUUCUGGUCCUCCUGGCCCUAAAGGUGAAAGGGGUUCUGGUGGCGAGAAAGGAGCAGAAGGUACUGCUGGAAAUGAUGGUGCAAGAGGUCUUCCUGGUCCAGUUGGACCACCAGGACCACAUGGACCUAGUGGAGAGAAGGGAGAAGCUGGCCCCCAAGGCCCACCUGGACCUCAUGGAGCGAGAGCAGGUCCGGGGUCACGUGGAGAACCUGGUCCUACUGGUCCUGUUGGAUUUGCUGGGCCUCCUGGUCCUGACGGUCAACCUGGUGUCAAAGGUGAAACAGGAGAACCUGGUCAGAAGGGUGAUGCUGGGUCUCCAGGUCCCCAGGGGUUGGCUGGUGCUCAAGGGCCUCCAGGGCCCACCGGUGUUGCUGGCCUAAAGGGGGGUAGAGGAACACAAGGAGCACCGGGUCCAACUGGUUUUCCUGGAUCACCAGGAAGAGUUGGCCCUCCUGGUCCAGUUGGUCCACUUGGACAACCAGGACCCAUAGGUCUUCCUGGGAAGGAGGGUCCACGGGGUCUUCGUGGUGACCAUGGACCCCCUGGACGUCAAGGAGAGCGAGGUGCAGCUGGUCCACCAGGUAGCCCAGGAGACAAAGGAGAUGGAGGAGAAGAUGGACCCACAGGCCCUGAUGGUCCACCAGGUCCAGCUGGAACUACGGGCCAAAGAGGAAUUGUUGGACUUCCUGGACAGAGGGGAGAAAGGGGGAUGGCAGGUCUUCCAGGUCCUCCUGGUCCUCCAGGAAAAACAGGGGCCCCUGGAACUCAGGGAGACAAAGGACCCCCAGGUCCACUUGGUUUACCAGGUGCAAAUGGACCCCGAGGUGACCCUGGUCCAGAUGGAUCUGCAGGAGGUGAUGGCCCACCAGGCAAGGAGGGAGUCAUAGGAGCCAGGGGAGACAGAGGGGAUCCAGGCCCAGAGGGACUUGCUGGUGCUCCAGGGGCUCCUGGCUCUCCUGGCCCAGUUGGUGCUCUUGGUGCUCCUGGAAAAAGAGGAGACCCAGGUUCAAGAGGACCCCUUGGGCCCCCGGGUUCAGCAGGAAAGCGGGGAUUAAUAGGACCCCAAGGACCAAGAGGGGAUAAAGGUGACCUUGGAGAACAUGGGGAGCGAGGACAGAAAGGUCACAGGGGCUUCACUGGAUUACAAGGUUUACCUGGCUCACCUGGAACACCUGGUGAGCAAGGUGCUCCAGGAAUUUUUGGACCUCAAGGGCAAAGAGGGCCUCCUGGACCAGUUGGACCUCCAGGAAGAGAAGGGUACAUUGGAACCCCAGGGCCAAUGGGACCACCGGGAUCACGUGGAUUUGUUGGUGACAUUGGACCAGAAGGACCACCUGGAGAUCCUGGUCCCCCAGGGCCUCCUGGGUCCCCAGGUCCUCCGACAGCUGCAAUGGAAGAUAUAUUUGGAGAACAAACUGACUAUGAUGACAGCCCCCCACCUCCACCGGAAUUUAGUGAAGAUGAAGCUCUUCCAAACAGCAACACAUCAGCUUCCUUCCCAGCCGACCCUGGAGUCCAGGCUACUCUGAAGGCCCUCAGCAGCCAAAUAGAGAGCAUGCGUAGUCCCGAUGGCAGCAAAAAUCACCCUGCCCGGACCUGUGAAGACUUAAAACAGUGCUACCCAUUAAAGAAGAGCGGGGAAUAUUGGAUUGACCCCAACCAAGGGAGUGCAGAGGAUGCCAUCAAAGUGUUCUGUAACAUGGACACUGGUGAGACCUGCAUCUCAGCAAACCCAACCAGCAUACCACGCAAAACAUGGUGGAGCUCCUCCAGUCCUGUUGGCAAUAAGCCUAUUUGGUUUGGAUUGAAUAUGAAUGGUGGCACACAGUUUACCUAUGGAAACAAAGAACAAGCACCGAACUCCGUCACUGUCCAAAUGACAUUUGUUCGCCUGCUGUCAAAAGAGGCAUCUCAGACAAUCACUUUCCACUGCAAGAACAGUGUGGCAUACAAGGAUGAGAAUGCUGGAAAUUUGAAGAAAGCCAUCAUCCUCAAGGCGGCCAACGACCUUGAGCUCAAAGCAGAGGGAAACAGUCGGUUCCGAUACACCGUCACGGAGGAUGGCUGCUCGCAAGCCACUGGCACCUGGGGGAAGACUGUGUUUGAGUACAGGACACAGAAAACGGCAAGGCUUCCCAUUGUGGACAUAGCCCCAAUGGACAUUGGCCAGGCGGAUCAGGAGUUUGGAAUGGACAUUGGACCUGUGUGUUUUGUGUGAGAAAUGUAAAAUAAUGGCGACAAAAAUAGAACAUGCACAUAGUGUGUAGUGAAACCCAAGACUUCUGAACUGACUGCUAAGACAUUCAGCUCUGUACAUACAAUAGGCAGGGGAAACUCUUCCCUGUUGUCUCCCCUCCACCUGACCCAACACAUCUUCUUUCCCCUUCAUGGAAACAUAUUUAUGGUUUAUUUCCAACAUUUUUCAAACAAACUGGCUGCAAGACGGUUUGUUGUGGUGCAGUUUAAGACAAAGUGGUUAAAGGGAAGUAAAGUAUGUGAAGAAACUGCUUCAUGAAUUUGUUCAAAAAUGGUGUUUGCUCCUGCGUUCAGGGAAAAAUUCUGAAUACAAUAUCAGUUAUCAGUUUUUUAUAAUAAAUUCUGUAUUUCAGCAGGUGGUGUUACAUGUGUGAAAGUUUUAUUUUAGGGAUGAGAAAGUCAAAAGCACCCAUAUACCAUAGUUUGAAGGAAAUACUGUAGAUGUCACCACGACAAUGGAAAUCUGAAAAUUAACCAUUCUACUCAUAUCUUAGUAAAUGCUAUGCCACACGAAUAGAAAAAUAUGGAAUAGUGCAUGCUUAUUAAACUUCACAAUAUACAGGUCUUUCUAGUUCAGCGCCAUUAUCUACGUUUGUUGAAAAUUUCAAAGUUACAAAUAGUGUUUUUGUGCAAUACAGUAACUAUGGUGCUUUAUGUGAUGGUGCUACACAGAGAAUAAACCAUUUCACUCAAUAUAGACCACUUUAUAGAAGAUAUAUCAACAGUUUUCUUCAUCAUCUUUUUUUUUUCUUGAUGUUGUGGGACUAGAGAUUUAAGUUUUAUUACUACUUUUGAUCCCAGAAGAUAAGCCCAAAAAACUAUUAUCAUUUUCACAUGUGCAGUAUGAACAUACAAAUUCUUUUUUUUUAAUCAGAAUUUAUACAGAACAGUAUUAUGUGAUGGUUCUAAAAAUGCUUUGACACUAAACUGAUUAAACUGCUCAUCUGAAGCAUUUUUAUGGAAACCUCUGUGACAUAUUUGUGUUUGCUUACUUUCUUACUAUUUCCAUGGUUUGCUUUGUGAACAAGAUUUUGCCCCUUCAAGUAUUUUGUUACUUUUUUAAGCUUUUUACUGCAUUGUUUUUUAUCCAGCAGAAAACCAUAGCCACGCACAACUGUGUGUAUUGCAUAUCACAACAAAUUCAACUUAUGUUUUUAUUUCUUUUAUUUGUAUUUCUUUUUUCCCCUUUUUAAUGUUAAGAUGUGCGAAUCAUGAGAAGUCUUCCAUUACAUAAGAUGUAUUUU